AAACAAAUAGACGAAUUAGUACUAGGUAACACUUUGUUGAAGCCCAUACAAAAGCAAGGAUCUUGGAAACGAAAAACAAAACCAAAAACAUAUGAAACUCGCUUUAAACCAAAAGAAUCUUAUUAAUAGCACCCAAGGAAACUAGUAGUCUUGCUCAUCUUGUGCAAAUAACAAUCAUCAACAACUGAAUCCAAAAUGAGGUCGAACGAAUUACGGUCAUCCUCGUCGACACUGUCGGCGGCCCCUAGUUUGGUAACCAUGAGCAAGCCUAGCCUAAACAACAGCAAAGCUAGCCUUACGCACAGUCGACAAAGCGUUGCCGAGUCCGACAAAGAGCCAAAGCCGCCCACACGAGAGGAGAUGAUCGCUGAACUGCUGGAGAAGGCCAAGUUCUACACAUCGCUUUGUCUAGGUACGACGGCAAUUCUGUCGGUGUUUGCGUUUCUGUUCCUGAUACCGUUUGUGGUAGAUCCGGCCAUAUCGACCAUCGUAGCCGACUACGACCCGGUUCCUGUGACAUGCAUCCUGACCGAGCACGUCUACGCCGAAGGCAUGCGAAACUGUACCUGGAGUUCAUGUCGCGAAGGUUGCACAACGGCAGCAAUACGAUGCCACCAGAUACUGGUCAACUAUUCCAAAAUUGCAUAUCACGAAUGGCAGAAAGAGCCACGGGACCUCAAUAGCGUAGACUGGGACGUUAUGGACACCAAGUUUCUGGUCAACACGGAGGGAUGCGGUUACCCACCGAGGGUCAACUGUACAGAGUUCGCCAAGAAGUAUGGGUCCACUCAUCAAGGGGAACCCUUUCCUUGUUACUAUAGUCGUGCCUAUCCCGAAAUUGUAGUCGCUCGCUAUUCUUGGGAUGACAAUCUAAAGCAUCUAAUACUUUCACUAAUCAUACCAAAUGUGCUCUUUGCCGUUUCGAUCGGAGUGCUUAGCUACUGGUACUGUCCGUGUUGUGACAAAGCCUGCCACAAAUCUCCACGCGUCUACGCAGAAAAGUAUCCAACUAAGGAAAAUAAGGAAUCUUGGAACAUUGAAUAUCCCCAAGAUUACAUUACUAAAAUCUGAGAUCAAGCAGCAUUAGUGGACCGGCCUUCGUCAGAAUCACCACCACCACCGGAGAAACCGACGCCAGCAGGUCAUGGCUAGGCGGGAUGCCGCCGCCGCCGCCCACGUGUCAUUUCAGUUCUCGUCAGCAUUAUUAGUCAUCAUCGUCGUCAAUGUUGUCCUCAGUUUCGCUAUUUCAGACCGAACAGGAUUUUAUUUUGUGUCGAGUAGCGUUUUAAGCAAUUUGUUGAAAGUCGUGUUUUAGAUAGAUACA